AUGGCUAACAACGUGACCGCUACAAAAGAGGCUACCAAGCGUACGUUCACCUGCAGUUUCUUUCGUGAGGAUAUGACACAUCUGAUUCAGUUGAGCACUUUAGUUACUGGGCAUAACUUGGAUGAGUUCAGGAAGACAUAUGGCCAUAUCUUACACAUGUUAACUUCUCGGGUUGAUGGAUGGGCUCUAUACACACUUCUUCAGUUCUACGAUCCUGAGUUACGAUGUUUCACCUUUCUUGAUUACCAACUGGCACCAACCCUUGAAGAAUAUGCUGACAUCCUCAAGAUUAAGGUUCAACAUAGGAUCCCUUUUGUUUGUGUACCUGAGAACCCAAAAAUGGACCGAAUUGCUGAUAACUGGAAGCCUAAUGGUGGAGCCCACGGAUUCCAUGUGAAAUUUCUGAUAAAGAAGGCCGACACCCUUGCUGUUGAGAAGAAAUGGAAAGAAUUCAACGCUCUCCUAGCCGUUAUGAUCUAUGGUUUGGUGUUGUUCCCGAAUAUUCCAAAUUUCGUCGAUCUAACUGCUGUUUGUCUCUUCAUGGAUCAAAAUCCUGUGCCCACUCUUUUAGCAGAUACUUAUUAUACCAUCCACUCCAGGUAUGGGAAGAAAGGAUCAGUUGGGAGUUGUUUACCGUUGCUAUAUGAGUGGUUCACUUCACAUUUACCUAAAAGCGGGCCGUUUGUUACAACAAAAGACUCACAAAAAUGGCCUCAAAGGAUCAUGGGGCUUACUGGAAACGACAUUGUCUGGUGUCCUACCGGAAUGGACGUUGAGGAAGUUAUAACUAGUUGUGGUACUUUUGACAAUGUUCCCCUCAUAGGAACGAAAGGAACCGAUCCAAAGGGUCUAGAAAAGGUGAGGAGUGCCUGGAAUAGCAUCCAUACAGAUGAUCAGACUUCUCUAGGUGAAAAGAAUGCCGUUGCCAAACAAGCCUACACGGAUUGGGUUGAGGAUAGAGUUAAAGAUCGUCUGUUGCCUUUCCCGAAGGUUAAUCCAUUGUACAAGCAACCACCUAAGGUUCCAAUUGCCAUUAUGCCUGCUGAGAAUUGCAUCCCGAUAAAUAUGGAAAGCACCCAAUUGCACGAAAAGAAGUCAGAUGCGCGACCAAAACAUCAUCUUGUGGACCAAAUAGGGGUUGAGUUGACACAUGAAGCCAAGGUGCUGAAAGAAGGAUCUUUGAGAGUUCAAAAGAGGGCUAGAACGGAAAAAGGUGAAAGGGAUACUACUGUUGUUGUUGAAGAUCACCAGGAGAUCAUAAAAAGGGCCGUAAAAGAGGCAGAAGAGAGACUCAAACGAGAGUACAGAGAAGACUUGAAGGCUUAUAAACUCAAGAUAGAAAGGGAGGCCAGAGCUGAAGUGAGGAGUCUGAAAAAGAAACUGGAAGAAGAGACCACCCAAAGGAUAGCGGUUGAGACUCAGCUGAAAGGAAGUCACCUCCGCACCGCCCGACUAACAGAAGAAAACGCCAAGCUCAGAGAUCGAAUGAUGGGUAUGGAGGACGUGGUAUUAGAAAGGGGUGUUACAUGGGAACUUACUACACUUCCACGAGGACACAAAGCAAUCGGAGUAAGAUGGGUGUACAAGUCUAAGAAGAAUGCAAAAGGAGACGUGGAGAGAUAUAAAGCAAGAUUGGUGGUGAAAGGAUAUAGUUAA